CUUCACAAUCAUCUCCUCCCACUUGCCAGUCGCCUCUGCGCUGAAGAGUCCACAGCAUUCAACGCUCCAGCUCGGCAGGCGCGUCGGCUUCUUGAUACCCACAACGCUUGCGGCGAGCACUGAGCGCGCGUGCAUCCCCUAAGCACCUCUUCCCCAGGUACACCCCACUCUAAACACUAUGUUUGGCAACUCGGCGUGGGGCCAGAACAACCAGCAGCAGCCGCAGCAGAACACUGGCGGCGGCCUGUUUGGUGGUGGCUCGACGUUUGGACAGCAGCAGAACACUGGAUUUGGCCAGGCUGCCACAACGGGCGGCUUUGGACAACCUCAGCAGCAGCAGAACACGGGCGGUGGCCUCUUUGGCGCUAGUGCCAACACUGGCGGCGGCUUUGGCUCUGGCGGCUUCGGCACAAACACCGCUUCGACAAGCACGUUUGGUGCGCGGCCUACAUUUGGCGCUACUGGCUCGACACCGUUCGGGGGCACCGCCACCACGAGUGGUGGUGGUCUUUUCGGCUCGUCCAACACGAACACCACCAAUGCGUUCGGCGCAACAAACACCGCGUCCACGGGCGGCCUGUUUGGCUCGCGCCCCUCGGGCUUUGGCACAACGACCUCGACAUUCGGUAGCGGCAGCACGGGCGGGUUUGGCGCCGCCAGUACCCAGGCCAAUCAGCCCAGCAACCAGGUGCACAUGUACAACAACAACCCCCCUCCCCCCAUUCCCCAGACCGGCACCGCCCAGCCCCCUUACCAGCCGACAUGGCAGCGCGACCCAGCGCAGGGCUUGGGCAAGGAGAUGCCUGCGCACCUCUUCCACGUGAUCACCGCUAUGGAGCCCUACCGCGGCGGCAGCUUUGAGGAGCUGCGCAUGCUCGACUACCAGCAGGGCCGCAAAGAGCCAACCGCGCAGCCCGCGCAGCCCGCGGCCACUGGGUUUGGCCAGGCCUCGGGCGGGUUCGGCGCAACUACGAGCGGUUUCGGACAGCCCGCGGCUUCGACAUCGACAUUCGGUGCCCCCAAGCCUGGAGGUCUUUUCGGCAGCACCGGCACCACGACCGGCGGUUUCGGGUCCACCUCUGGCGGUUUCGGCGCUCAAACCAACACUGGCGGCGGCUUGUUUGGCCAGACUAACACUGCCACCACUGGGUUUGGCGCCCAAAACACCAACACCGGCGGUGGCUUGUUCGGCCAGACCCAGCAGCAGCCGCAGAACACUGGCGGCGGCCUUUUCGGCAACUCUAACCCCUUCGGCCAGAACCAGCAGCAGCAGCAGCCUGCCACCACUGGCUUUGGCAGCUUCGGCGCCGCAGCCAACAAGCCCGCGUUUGGGGCGACUACCACCGGCUUCGGGACUGGCUCAGGGACGAGCACGUUCGGGCAGACCAACACCACUGGCACCACAACCGGCUUUGGCGGCUUCGGGCAACAGCAGCAGCAGCAGCCGGCCCAGAACACCGGCGGCGGCCUGUUCGGUAGCGGCUCUGGCGGCUUUGGUCAGACCAACACGCAGACCAACACCGGAGGCGGCCUCUUUGGUCAGCAGAACAACCAGCAGCAGCAGAGCGGAGGACUGUUUGGCAACACGGCGGCUGCCAAGCCUGGCGGUCUCUUUGGCUCGACACCCGCUACGGGCACGACAAGCGGCUUCGGCGGGUUCGGCCAGACCAACACCAACACAACACAGCCGACGACCAGCUUGUUUGGCCAGACAAACACCGCGACAAACACUGGCGGUGGUCUGUUCGGGCAGCAGCAGCAGGCGCAGCCCGCGGCCACCGGCGGCGGCCUGUUUGGCAACACCAGCACCGCCAAUGCCGGCGGCGGCCUUUUCGGUGCCAAGCCAGCGACCACCACCGGUGGCCUCUUCGGCUCUACCCCGGCUCAACCCGCACAGACAACCACCACUGGCUUCGGUGGCUUUGGGCAACCCGCGGCGACCACCAACACCGGCGGCGGCUUGUUUGGCUCAAACACCGCUUCGACUGCCCCGAAGCCGAGCUUGUUUGGCGGCGGCGGCGGCCUCUUCGGUCAGCAGCAGCAGCAGCAGCCAGCUGCCAACACCGGCGGCGGGCUCUUUGGAAGUCUCGGGCAGUCGACCACAACGGCCCAGCCUACCACCAGCCUCUUUGGCAGCGCUCAGCCUGCCCAGCAGCAGUCCACCCUCGGUCAAUCUGGCGGCCUUUUCGGCAGCACUCUCGGCCAGUCGACCUUCAACAACCAGCAGCAGCAGCAGCCAUCCCUCACCGCCUCGGUCGACCAGAACCCAUAUGGCCGCAACGACCUGUUCCAGUACUCGGGCCAGAAGCUUGAGCUCGGCAGUUCGACCAAGAAGCCGGCCCUGCCGCCUCUCACCGCGUCAGCGUACCGCCCCUCCCCGAGCAAGGGCAACCGCUUGGCCAAGCUGAGAGGUUUCGCCACCUCGUCCGUUAACGGGUCGACCACCUCUCCGAAGUUGUCGAGUCCGAUCCCAAGCUCGUCCCGAACCUCGUCGCUCAUCGGGUCGCCGGUGGUCACCGAGCGCUACAUGGGCUUGACUGACGCCGCUCUCUCCCCCAAUGCUUUCAUCCCGCGUCCCAGCGUCAAGAAGAUAACCGUUGCUCCUGGCCGCACGACUCUGAACGGGCGUGGCGAGGACCCGCUCGAGUCCGUCCUGGGCAAGUCUGGUCUGCGUAGCUCUGCGAACGGCAGCUCUGUCGCGCCCACCCCCGACUUUUCCCCUCGCAGCCCUGGACCCCUUGCCUCAUCGUCGCGCCAGGCAAUCGAGGACACGCCCACCCGCCGUCCUGCCCAGAUGGAGGUGUCGCUGUCGAACGCCGGUACCUCUGCGCGUCCUCUGCAGAAGGGCGACUACUGGUGCCGCCCCAAACUUGAGAAGCUCAAGACCAUGGACCACGACCAGCUCCGUUCCCUCCCGAACUUCACUGUCGGUCGCAAGGAGUACGGCGAAGUCACCUUCCUCGAGCCCGUCGACCUGACCAGCCUUCCGUCGCUCAACGACCUUCUCGGUGGCAUCAUCGUCUUCGACUCGCUCGAGCUCACCGUCUACCCCGACGAGACCGACAAGCCUCCUCGGGGCAAGGGCCUCAAUGUUCCCGCCGAGGUCUCGCUUGAGAACGUCUGGGCGCGCGACAAGGCGACCCGCCAGCCUGUCACCGACCCCAACGACCUGCGGUACAAGCGCCAGCUCAAGCGCAUCCAGGCUGUACCGGAGACGGAGUUCAUUGGCUUCAAGGACGGCGUCUGGACCUUCCGCGUCGAGCACUUCAGUCGCUACGGUUUGGACGCCAGCGACGACGAGACUGAUGAGGACGAAGGUGUUGACUCGGCAAGCCCCAACAAGUCCAAGUCGCUCCCGGAGAAGUCACCCUCAGUCUACUCCGACGAGGAUGUGGACGGCUUUCCUCCCACGAAGAGCCUGUAUGACAUGGACGCCAGCUCGGACCAGCACGACAGCGGCUCGGAGGACACGGAGAUGUCGUACGACGACGAGGACGACAUGAUGGACUCGGGGGCCGAGUACGAGGACGAGUACGAGGACGAGCCCGACGCCUACCGCGCCAUCAAGAGCAAGCUCGGUGCGCAGGGCAUGCAGCGCCUGCGCGAGAUGCAGUCGGCAUUCUUUGGCGCGCAGGAGACAAAGUCCAAACGCCCGACGCUUGCCGAGCAGAAGGCCAACGAGAUCCGCCAGGCGCUCGAGCGCAAGCGCGCCGAGGCGGGUUUUGAGAUUGCCGAGGAGGGUGUAGCGAGGCUUGACGACCGGGCUGUCAAGCGCGCCUCCUUCGGCGAGUCUUCCCGCCCGCCCCAGCUGCGCCAGCCGCGCAAGUAUGCCAAGGUCCCGCUGGACCAGAGUUUCGUGGCUGGCAACGAAGGAGUGCGUCCUGAUGCCGGCUUGGCAUUGGGCCGCUCGUUCAGGUGCUCUUGGGGUCCCAACGGCGAGCUUGUCCACAUGGGCAAGAUCUGCUCUCCGACGACUGAGUUCGAGUCGUCUCCCGACGCCGUCGUAUAUGUCCAGCAGGUUGCCUUGCUGGCCGAGUCGCAGGCAGUUGAACGGGCUCGCGCCGACCGGCUACUGUCCCUUCUGCUCGAGUACACCGAGGUGGACGUGAACGAGGACAAGGUUCCUGAGGCAAUUACCAACACGGACAUUCGCUUCAAGGACUUUGCCAAACUCUUCGACAGCAGCGAUCGCUCCCACGAGGCUAAUCUUUGGCGCCUGGGCCAGGCACUCUUCGACGAGGUCGACCUCAAGCUUUCCCCUAGCACGCCGGAGGACAUCAGCAGCCGUGUAGCCGAGAUGCGCCGUAAGCUUGCGCUUUCCAAGUGGCUCGAGGACGCCGUAGCGCCCGCCAUGGACGCCGACCUUGCCAAAGCUGGCGACGACAGGCCUGCGAAAGUGUUCGCGCUCCUGACUGGCAACCGGAUCGACCGCGCCAUGCAGUCAGCACUAGACGGCAACGACUUGCGUCUCGCAACGCUUGUCUCGCAGGCAGGUAGCACGGAUGAGUUCCGCGCAGAGGUGCGCCGCCAGCUCGAAGACUGGACCAAGUACAAAACCAACUCGCUCAUCGGGUACACGUAUCGCAAGAUCUACGCCUUGCUCUCUGGCAUCCCCAACGUGUCCAAGGGCAACCCCGAGCGCGGUGCCGACCACGCACCAGACGUGAUUGUCAACGAGAACCUGGACUGGAAGCGCGCCUUCGGGCUGUACCUCUGGCACGCGUGCCCGUUCGAGCUCGGCGUCGCCGACGUCCUCCAGUACUACACCGAGGCGCUCUCGUCGUCCCACCCUCCGUCAAAGCCUCUCCCGCCUUACCUUGAGCAGCCGGAUGCCCGGAACCGCUGGGAAAUGCCUACCGAGCCCACCGACGUCCUCUUCAACCUUAUCAAGAUGUACGCGGACCGCACGAUCUCUCUUGAGGAGGUCGUCACGUCGCGUGACUGCGGCGCCAGCCCCACGGAUGUGCGCCUUCCCUGGCACAUCUCUUUCCUCCUGUCGCAGGCUCUGCAGAAGCGUGACUUUGCCGACCGUGAGGAGGCCGACGGGUCGGGCAUACGCUACAGUGCGACAGCGAACCGCAUGACAGAAUCAUACGCCGCGCAGCUCGAGGAGGAGGGGCAGUGGACUUGGGCUGCCUAUGUCCUUCUGCACCUCGCGUAUGCCGACAGCCGCCGCGCCGCGCUCAAGGCACUCCUCUUCCGGCACCCAGAGCCCACUCCCAUCGAGCAGAUCUUCCUCGUCGACAAGCUCCGCAUUCCGCGCGAGUGGCUGCACGAGGCGCGCGCCGCCCACCUCGCAUCGCAGGGCAACGCCUACAGCGAGUACCGGGACCUGAUUCCCGCGGGGCUCGCCGACCGCGCCCAGCGCACGCUCGUGACCAAGCUUGCGCCCGAGGCCGUGCUGCGUGACGACCCCGACCUUCUUCUGCAUCUGUGCAAGGAGCUUGAGCCCCUGCGCCCCGAAGGCUGGGAGUACGGUGGCAAGCUGUUCCUCGACUACCUCAACAUCCGGGAGCGCACCACGCCGCUCCUGGCGGCGGCCCGGCGUUCCGGCGCCCACCCCGACCCGCGCGAAGCCGCCGAGCUGCGCGCGCUGGCGGAAAACAUCCCACGCGUACUCCAGCUCCUCCCCUCGCUCUUCCCGGACCGCACCGACGUGCGCCAGGUCGCGAGCCUCGCGGGCAUGCUCGGCACGCUGCAGGCGUUCGCGAGCGACAUGCACUGUGCAGGGUACAUGCCACGUCCGCCCGUCUCGGACUUGCUGCUCGACAAGGACCGCCUGCACUUGCUGCAGGAGAGCGCAACCGAGAGCUUUGACAAGAGCUUGCGUGCGCUUGUCGCGUAAUAUCCAUCAUGUGCACGAAGAUUAUGUAGCAUGGCUUUGGCCGUUUCUUUAGGUAUUGGUUUCAUGCAUGUCAUACUGUUAG